GGGGGCUCCCGGCGGACGGGCAGAGGCAGCUCUGCGGGACGCGCCGCAGGAGAGUUACCGGGCUCCGGGCUCGCUGGCUGCGGCGCUGCCCCGCGGGGAUCAGGAGCUCGCGGGCUCUGGCGGCCCCGGGGCAGCUCCGGCUCAGGGCUCUUCCCCGCUGAGAUUUCUGGGGGACCGGCCCCGCGGCCCCGGGACUGUCACCCCCAGCGCGGAUCCCGUGUCCCCCAGCAGGGAGCGGGGCCCGGGGUAAACCCAGGGCGGGUUCCCCGGACCGAGACCUCGGGGGACAUUUCACCGAGCCCCGUCUCGCCUGUUUCCUUCCCCAGAGCGGGACUCCCCGUCCCGGCCGGGAUCCCCCGCAUGGAGCCAGGGGAAGAGCCGAGGGUCCCGGAUCUCCCGGGCUCCGAGGAAAGGGAGACCCCGAGAGGCGCCCGCCCAGCAGGUGCCGGGAUGGCGAGUGGGAACUUUGAGGAGAUCCCGCAGCGGGAAGGGACUGUGGGAGCGGAGCUGCCGAGGACGUCCCAGAGCCCCAAGCCGGAGGAUACUGAUGAGGCUCUCCAUUGCCAUUCUGCCCCCCUGGCAGGGAAACUGAGUCAAUCCAGAGCUGGUGUCGAAGCUGAAUAUGACAGAGUGUCUUGGGGAACCCAGGCCAGGGAGAGAGCGAAUACGUGUCCCGAGUGUGGGAAAAGCUUCCCUUGGAGCUCCCGGCUCCUCCGACACCAGAGAUCCCACACCGGGGAGCGCCCCUACCAGUGCCCUGACUGUGGGAAGGGCUUCGUCGAGAGCUCAGGCCUGAUCCAGCACCAGCGUACUCACACCGGGGAGCGCCCUUUCAGCUGCGGUGUGUGCGGGAAGAGUUUUGGCCUGAGCUCCCACCUGAUCCGCCACCAGCAAACCCACACCGGGGAGCGCCCCUACCAAUGCCCCGACUGCGGGAGGGGCUUCCUGCGGCGCUCCCAGCUCACCCUGCACUGCCGCACCCACACGGGAGAGAGACCCUAUAAAUGCCCUGAGUGCGGGAAGGGCUUCAGCGAGAUCCGCAACCUGAACCGGCACCAGCGCAGCCACACGGGGGAGCGGCCCUAUAAAUGCCCUGACUGCGGGAAGGGCUUUGCUCAGAGCUGCCACCUCCUGCAGCACCAGCGCACCCACACAGGGGAGCGGCCCUACAGGUGCCCCUGCGGGAGGGGUUUUGUCCGCAGCUCCCAGCUGAUCCGGCACCAGUCGGUUCAUACAGGGGAGAAACCAUACAAAUGUCCUAUCUGCGGGAAAUGCUUCACUCAAGGAUCCACCCUGGCCGGCCACCUGCGGAUCCACACUGGGGAGAGACCCUUCAAAUGCCCCCAGUGUGGGAGGAGCUUUAGCUUCCGCCAGUACUCGUACCUGGUCACCCACCGGCGCGUCCACACCGGGGAGCGGCCCUACAACUGCGCCCAGUGCGGCCGGGGCUUCUCCCAGCGCUCCAGCCUCAUCCGGCACCGCCGCACCCACACGGGCGAGAGGCCCUACCGGUGCCCCGACUGCGGCAAGGCCUUCGCCCUCAGCGCCUCCCUCCUGACCCACCAGCGCACCCACACCGGGGAGCGCCCCUACAGCUGCGCCCAGUGCGGACGGGGGUUCAGCCAGCGCUCGGCUCUGGUCACCCACCAGCGCACCCACACCGGGGAGAGACCCUACAAGUGCCCCGACUGCGGGAAGAGCUUUGCCAUCCGCUCCCACUGCACCGCUCACCAGAGGACCCACGGGGAUCCAGGCGGGGAGCCCCCCUACCGGUGCCCCCAGUGUGGGGAGGGCUUCCGGCUCCGCACGCCGUUCCUGCAUCACCGGCGCAGCCACGCGGGCGGCAGACCCCACCGCUGCCCCGACUGCGGGAAAGGAUUCUCCCGCAACUUCCUGCUCCAGACGCACCGGCGGAUCCACACCGGGGAGCGGCCCUACCCCUGCCCCGACUGCGGGCGCCGCUUCCGGCAGAGCUCCCACCUCGCCCACCACCGGGCCACCCACACCGGAGAGCGGCCCUACCGCUGCAGCCGCUGCGGGGACGCCUUCCCCUGCAGCUCGGAGCUCUUCCUGCACUACCGCACCCACACCGGGGAGCGGCCCUACCAGUGCCGCGACUGCGGGCGCAGCUACACCACCAACGGCAGCCUGCGGCGGCACCGUGCCAGCCACGCCCUGGGCUAGGGCUGCAGCCGGCUCGGCCCAGGGGCACCCUCCUGGGCAAGGGGCUGCAUCUUCCUGCCUCUAGGCAUGGCCUUUCGGACUGUUUGUUGGACGGCUUGUACUGGGGAAGAGAGCUAGGGACGGGUUAUAGGGGGCUAGCGGUGGAUCAUUCCAGGAGAGAGAAGGAACACAGGGCGGGAUCGACGGGUCAUACAGGUCUAGAGCUGGGUCAUACCUGUUAGACUGUGAAAAGCAGCUCCGCUCCAUCUUCCCCUGGUCCUGAAGAUGAGGUUUUCAAAAUGAUCUGAAGUGUGCGUGUAUUUUUCCAAGCACCUUGAAAUAGAGCGUGAGUGUAUCUCUCUGUUCUUAGAUGCAGAUCUGUGUUCUGGGGCUCAAUAGAACAAUCAGCCGACCCACAGAUUGUGCCGGCAGGGGGUGCAAUGUUGGUAGGCCCUGGUGGCAGCUAUCAGGUGACAAUGACAGACCUCCUUAGCGCCACUUAGGGAGUAGAGAGAGCCGCCGAGAAAGGAAGCGACUGCCAGGAGACAUGGCGGGUCAGAGCUGAGCUGGUUGCAAGCACCGAGCCCUAGGAGAUCAGCCUGGGUUGGAGUCAGCAAGUCAAGAGAAGGAGGUGGGAGCAUGACCCUGAGAGGCAGCAGAGGCAGAGAUUCUUGGUCACAGAGCCCACUGGAGGGGCAAAGGUGGGGAUUGUGCUGCGGGGAAACUGCCGGCUGUUUCUUUUCUGCGGCGUAUAGGGAAACAGGGUCCUGUGGGCAUUCUUUGUAAAUAAACACCAUCACACCUGGAAUAGACCUGCCUUGUCUCAGCGAGGUGCUGUCUACAGAGGAACAGCCUUGCAAGGCCCUGGCUAUUGGCUAAGACCUCAGGCUGGAAGGUUACAGGGUAUGGACACGAUACCUUGCCCCAGAUUAAUCCUGGGUCAGUCAGUCCCUUGGGAAGAGAGCAGCAUGAGCCUGAAGCAGCACCGAUCUGCCCCCAUCUGGACCCCAGACGGGGUGGACCAAUGUUCUAGGGUGGUCCAGAGAAUCUUCUUUUUAGCUGCCUGGCCGGUGGGUCUUGCUCGCAUGCUGAGGAAUGACCGAUUAGGGGUCAGGAAGGAAUUUUCCCCCCAGGUCAGAUUGGCUGGGGCCAUGGGCAGGGUGGUUGUCAACUUCCCAUGCAGCAAGGGGUGCGGGUGGCCAGCUGUUGAACGUCUGGGCAUAGAAUUACAGAGUUGUAGGGCUGAAAGGGACCUCAAGAGGUCAUCAAGACCAGCCCCCUGUGCUGAUGCGGGACCAAGACCAUCCCUGACAGGUGUCUGUGUAACCUACUCUUGAAAACCUCCAGUGACGGGGAUUCCACAAUCGCCCGGGGCAAACCUGUUCUCGCACUUCACUACCCGAGAGUUAGGAAGUUUUUCCUUAUCACUAACCUACAUCUCCCUGGCUGCAGAAUGAGCCCAUUAUUUCAUGUCCUACCUUCAGUGGAGGUGAAAAACAAUUGAUCACUGUCCUCCUUAUCACAGCCCUUAACAUAUUUGAAGACUGUUACCAGGUCCCCCCCUCUGUCUUCUUUUCCCAAGAGUAACAUGCCUGGUUUUUUUUUUUUUAACUUUUCCUCCUAGGUCAGGUUCUCUGAACCUUUUAUCAUUUUUGUUCCUCUUCUCUGGACUCUCUCCAAUUUGGCCACAUCUUUCCUAAAGUGCGGUGCCCAGAGCUGGACACAGUGCUCCAGCUGAGUUCUCAUCAGUGCUGAGGAGAGCAGGACAUUGACCUUCCAUGCCUUACAUACAGCAUUCCUGGUAAUACACCCCAGAAUGAUACCAGCCUUUUUUGCAGAGGCAUCCCAUGGUUGACUCAUAGUCAAUUUGUGACCCACUGUAACCCUCACAUCCUUUUCAGCAGCACUGCCACCUAGCCAGUUGUUCCCCAUUUUGUAGUUGUUCUUUUGAUUUUUCCCUCCUAAAUAAAGAACUUUGCACUUCUCUGUA